GUGCGGCAUCUCUCCGCAGGCCGGGGCCGCAGCCGCAGCGCCACCUGCCGGCACCGGCGGGAAGUUGGUGGAGUAGCGGCGGCAUGAAGCGGCGCUCUACGCCAUAGCGUCGUGUGGAACCGGCUCUGGCCGUCAGGAGCAGCAUGAAUUCGGUGAUCCUAAGCUACCAUGACAGCUUGAUACGGCACUCAGACAUGCUGCUGCUCAACCCACCCAACUGGCUGAAUGACCACAUCAUUAGCUUUGCCUUUGAAUACUUUGCCACCGAGCAGUAUAAGGAGCUGCUGGGCAAGGUGUGCUUCAUCAGCCCUGAGGUGACCCAGUUUAUCAAGUGUACGACCAGUCAGGAGGAGCUGGCCAUCUUCCUGGAGCCGCUCGCCCUGAACCAGAAGAGCUUGGUCUUCCUGGCAGUCAACGAUAACUCCGUGCAGGCGGCUGGCGGGUCUCACUGGAGCCUGCUCCACUACAGCAGGGACAAGGACUGUUUCAGCCACUUUGAUUCCUGCAGCAGCAUGAACGAAAGCCAUGCCCGUCAGAUUGCCAGGAAACUGCAGCACUUCUUGGGAACCAAAUCUGAAGUGCCUUUCCUAGAAGAGCUGGCGCCAGUCCAGAAAAACAGCUAUGAUUGUGGGAUGUACGUUAUCUGUAACACAGAGGUCCUUUGUGAGCAGUACCUCAGGGGUGAGCAGAGGCCACUGAUGAUGGUUGUCACCCCAUCUUACAUCACCCAGAAGAGAGUUAGCUGGAAAAAGCUGAUUGAGCGGUUGUCGAAGGAAUAACUACUUCUUGCCUGAAUGUCUACCUUGUUUUGUGGAUGAGUCAGCUAUAUUUUUGUUUACAGUCAUCGUUUCCUUUACAGAGUUGGGGAAUCUUUCAGGUCAAUAUAAAAAGGCUGUGGAUUUUUGAAUGUUGUGAAAGUUGUCCCUUUUAAGACGGCUGAGGAAUCUUGUUCCUCCACAUCCCCCAACUCUCAGCAAAGUAAGUUUGCAGUUGGCUAUCUUGUAAUAUUGAGAGUGCACUAUAUUACAGCUACACAACAACUCUGCCAUGUAAUCUGACCCUGCAUAAAACUAUUUAACCAAAAAUUACACUGCUAUUGGUCCAUGGGGGAGAAAUAGUAAUAGAACUGAUGGUAACAUGCCAUUGCUGUACCUGUUAAACAACAGUGCCAUUAUUUAUCCACAUGUGAUAGUGCUCCACAACACCUCAUUCACCCGUGGCUGAAUUAUGUGCAAAUGAUAUUUAAUCUGAUAUUUCCUUGAGGUUUCCUUGUUUUAUCUUGAAUCUAAAAAUUCUAUGUGACUUGAUGCAGCACCAAAAACAGAAUGACAAAGGACUUGCAUUGCAGUCCCCUUGUUUUUGAGACUAUAUCCUCAAAAUUUACCUUGGGCUUUCAAUCAUUCAACCCCCCUGAUAUCCAACAAUCCACAGGCUUUCGAAACAUGAAACUUGGUGUCAUUUGAUAGUUUUAUGAUUUAGCAUCUUCUCUGUGUUGGUUCUUCCUAUUUUUCAGUCAUGACAGGGGUUGGUUCAUUAUGGUUGAGUUGUAAUUUUAACUAUUUGUUACUUUAGGGUGGGGGAAUUGGAAUUAAAAAUGUCAUAUUCACAAAAUACAUUUUAAACCAGCAA